AUGAGAACCUUCCUUAACACCAUCAGAACUAUCAAGGUUUAUAACGAGAUAGUGAAUGAUGAGACCAUUUUCGACAAUGGACGGACAACGAUAUACCCGCCUGAUGAAUUCAACAUUAGGCUCAUCAAAGACUCGUUGAGCUUCGACAAUGGUGAUGCUGUCGACGUCAUUAGGACCACGCAUAGUAGGAGGGUCGAUAUCUAUAAGUAUAAUCCAUCACUGAGUGUUCAUGCUCCCCAAUCAGAUGAGGGAGACGAUCAUGGUACUUGA